GGCCUAUGAUUUUAUCCCCUCUUCGUGUAGGUUUACACCGGCGAGUUACAGACAGUCCUCAUCGAUACUUCACAUGAGUAACAUUGUAACAAGGACAGGGCAAUGCUGAAGACCAUCAGCCAGCCAUUCCUGCACCCAUCACAUCCCAGUUCCAGCUGUGGUUUGAUCAGCGAGAGCAUCUAGCAGCACAACCCACAUAGAGAGACAGGAAGAGAGGAGAUCAAUCAAUGCAUUACCACCCGAGCUGAUCAUCUCUCUCCUCCGGCCACUCCCCCACCGUCCCGUUCCUCUCACAAGAAUCACUCCUGCUCCCUCCUCAGAUCUCGCAAGCAAAACAGGCAAAGCUUUACCCGGGUAAGGUUACGGGUAGCCAUGAGGCGGCGGCCACCUUUCCAUUCCCGUGCCGCCGCCGCCGUGCUCCUGCUCCUAGUGCUGCUGACCCCCGCCCCGACCUCCCAGCUCGGCCUAGGCCCCGCCAUUGCCGCCUGGAUCAACGGCGCACCGCCUCCGUCCCCUAGCCCUGCCGCCGCCGGGGCCUCCUCCUCGUCCGCGCCGAGCCAGGAGUACACGGCGCUGCAGGCGCUGAAGGCUGCCGUCACCGAGGACCCCCGCGGCGCGCUUUCGUCGUGGCAGGGCGCCAAUGUGUGCGCCUACCGCGGCGUCUACUGCUCCGCGCCGCCCGACGGCGCCGCGGCCGCGGGUGCGCCCACGGUGGUGGCCGGGAUCGACCUCAACCGCGCGAACCUCAGGGGCACACUCCCCGAGGCGGUCUCCCUCCUCGCCCACCUCACGUUCCUCCACCUCAACAGCAACCGCCUCGGCGGCGCCGUCCCGGACUCGCUCCGCGACCUGGAGUACCUGACGGAGUUGGACCUCAGCAACAACCUCUUCUCCGGCCCGUUCCCGUCGUCAACGCUGCUGAUCCCGUCGCUGGUCUACCUCGACCUCCGCUUCAACGGCUUCUCCGGGGAGCUCCCGCCCGAGGUCUUCGCCAAGGACCUCGACGCCUUGUUCCUCAACGACAACCAGUUCGAGGGCCAGAUCCCGGACACGCUGUGGUCGUCUCCCGCCACCGUCAUCACGCUCGCCAACAACCACCUGACCGGCCCCGUCCCUGCCUCCUACGGGUACGCCGGCGGCCGGGUCCGGGAGGUGCUGUUCCUGAACAACAACCUGACGGGGUGCGUGCCGGAGGCGCUGGGGUUCCUCCCCAGCAUCCAGGUGCUGGACCUGAGCUACAACGCGCUGUCGGGGCACCUCCCGGGGACGCUGUCGUGCCUAUCAGGGAUCGAGGUGCUCAACGUGGCGCACAACCAGCUGACGGGGGAGCUGCCGGACCUGCUGUGCGGCCUGCGGCGGAUCACCAACCUGUCGGUGGCGUUCAACUUCUUCUCCGGGAUCGGGCAGCGGUGCGACCGGCAGCUGGGGAGCCGCGGGGUGUUCGACUUCGUGGGGAACUGCGUGCCCGGGCGGGACAUGCAGCGGCCGCAGCCCGAGUGCGACGGGUUCCCCGGGGAGGGAGGGCUCAGCUGCCUCCGCAUCCCCGGGGCGCGCCCCGCCGGGUGCGGCGACGCGGCCGUGUCCGUGGGCGUCGGAGUCGGCGUCGGGGUCGGGGUCGGCGGUGUGCCGUUUGGGCUGCCGGGCGCCGCCGCCGGGGCCGGGGGCGUGGUCACCGUCACCGUGCCCUGAUCGAUCAGUCUGCAGGCCGCUGGCUUUGCUUCUUUUUUUCUUUUUCUUCUUCUCUGAUUUCUUCUGAAAUUUUUGGAGGCAAAGGCAAUUAGCCUCGAUCGGCUUGGCGUGUCGCAUCGAUCAUUAAUUACAUGGCGAUGGUAACGGGUGAAUAUUGGUUGGUUCCUGGCUGGUUAAUACUAGUAUAAUCUCGCCAUUUCUGUAUGCACGAUCA